UCCAUCCAUCAAGUCUAUAAAUACCAAUAUGUGUAUGUAGUUUAAUACUCGUGCAUCACAGUAGCUAAUACACAAUCUUCUAUAGUGAAUAGUGAUCGAUCUAUACAUAGCAAAGGUACAAAAAAAUGGCAUCAAUUCAGUGUGAGAGGAAGGAGAAAGUAGCAGUGCAAUUGAGCUGUGAGCAGAAAGCAACUUUAGACGAGUUGAUCAAAUGCGCUGAGAAAUCACUUGUUUCGGAGGAUAUCGCGAAAAAGUCCCGUGCAAUCGUUGCUGAAAAGGAAUGCCUAAACAAGGCUGACGCUGAUGCAGCACGACUAUCUGCAGUAGCCGGUGCCUUGACAAAUCAGACUUCUAAGGGAUCCUUGACCGUGUUUAACUCCAAGCAAUGGAAGGGGUAUACCGUUUCAGACUACUCAGAUCCUCUUGAAAGCUUGGGUUCCUUUGCUCAAGCAGCCUUGUUCGGGGGUGUUAAGGCCGCGGUGGUUUAUGUUGGCAAGAACAGCGCUGGUCUUGAAUGUGGCUGGCUUCUUGCUUGGUCUGACACUGAUGGAAGGAAGGCUUAUGCGGACUGUGGCCCUAUAAGCAAGUUCAACAACAUCAACUGGAAUCAGAUUGAAGCUAAAUUGAAUGAAUCCGGUUUUAUCGCUUAUGCUAAUGACUCGGGGACUGGAACCUCAAUGUAUGCUACCAUUGUUGGUCACUCAGCUGGAUCUGCAGUUGCCGUCGCCUACACUGGUUAAACAAACUCCAUACGAUGAUCAUCAACGACAACAACAAUAAUAAUAAUAAUAACAAUAAUAAUAAUGUACUAAGUCCGAUCCAUUAGAUUGAUAUAUAAUCUUCUGGUCUGGUUAGUUCUUUUAUAAUUUGUGGUUGUUUUUCUUUAAGCUAAGGGCAUUAUGAACGAACCUAACUGUUGUACGAGUAUACGUAAUUUAAGGACAUGCAAGCUAGCUAGCUUAUAUCUGCAUGUUUAUUUCCAUGUACAACUAACUAGUGUUAAAUAAAAAAAUGCCCUCUUUUCUUAUAUAUAUAUGA